AAAUAUCCCAGAGAAGAGCCCAGAACUGAUUCCAUCAUCAUUCCAGAUAGAGGAGCUUCCUAAUUCCCACAAGCCUGGCACUGAAGGGCACACAAUUUUUGCCACUUUAAAGCAUAGCUGCCGAUCUUUGAGCUCGCUGAGUAAAUGCUAUGAGCAAAGCUCUCAACCUCCCAAGUUGAAAAAAUUUAUGGACAAGAAAUUAUCAUUGAAAUUAAAUGAUGGCAGACAUGUCCAAGGCAUAUUGCAAGGAUUCGAUCCAUUCAUGAAUCUUGUGAUAGAUGAAUGUGUGGAGAUGGCAACUAGUGGACAACAGAACAAUAUCGGAAUGGUGGUAAUACGAGGGAAUAACAUCAUUAUGUUAGAAGGCUUGGAAAGAGUAUAAACAAUGGGUGUGUUCAUCAGAAGAAAUCAACUGCUUCCACAUGUCCCCUGUUCAUAGUAUCUGUUUUACUACAAUACAAGA